AUGGCUACCCUUCAUCCUCACACAGGUCCUGUUGGCCCCGAUACCCUCAUUACCGUCAAGGUCAUCAUCGACGGGACAAACAGAAGAUUCAAACUUGCCCUGCGAGAACUCACUGCCAACGUGCUUCCACAAAAGCUUCGAUCUCUGCUUGCCAUUCCCCCGGAGCAAGACGUUCGAUUCGACCGAUUCUCCGAUUCACAGGCAAGAUACAUCACCCUUGAUAGUAACGAUCCUGCCAUCUACAAGCAGCUCUAUCGGGCGGCAAAAGCGAAGCUCAAGCUACGAUUGAGGGCUACCGUUGACGGCAAAGCUGCAAGAGACGAUCUCCCACAAGACAUUCAUAUGGCCCAGAGCAAGUUCGCGUUAAAGGACGUUGCUGACUCCCAAGUUGAACCGAGGAGCAACUUCCUCGAGACUGUUCUCUCCCAGCCAGUUAGCAACAGUGUGGCCCCUCCGUCCUUUAAGGCGUUCCAAAAGACAUGCCAAUACUCUCCCAAAUGUGCCAUUCCGGGAGCCUUUGAUCUCGACGUCAAUACUUCAAGCAUGGACCAGGCUGUCAACCCCCCUCAGGGUCAUCCAAGCGACAUAUGCAGUUUGCCUCUUCCUUCCACCAACGACUUCCCUGCCACGUCGUACGCAAUCGAUUGCAACAACUGUGGCAUGCCUGUCCCCAGUGAACACUAUCACUGCGGUAUCUGUGAAGGUGGCGACUUUGAUCUCUGCAAGGCUUGCGUUGACGCAGGAUUCACCUGUAAUGGGGACGAGCACUGGUUGCUCAAGCGAACCCUUCGUAAUGGGGUUAUCAUUCCCAGUAUUACCGAAACCCUGGCCCCCAAGAAGUUGUCCAGGGUAGCGGCCGACUCCUCUAGUGAACUGACCACACCAAUUAGCCCGGAACGUGAUGAUACGGAACUCACUUGCAACUCAUGCAUUUUCCGAAUGUCCGCCGGUGAAUGUGUCACUUGCCAGGAAUGUCCUGAUUACGAUCUCUGCUUCGCUUGUUUCCAGGACGGGCUACACGGGCAUGAUCCAUCCCAUGCCUUUGAGGCACGGGAGUCCGAAAGAGUGAAAGACAAUGUGAAUAUCACAACUCUGUGCCGCCCAGGACGCGGGGUUCGCCAUGACGCUAUCUGUGAUGGCUGUGAUAAGGCGAUAUACGGUGUCCGACACAAAUGCCUGUCUUGCCCAGACUUCGACUAUUGCUCCUCUUGUAUUGGAUCUGCCGGCACCAAACACCCCUUGCACCGCUUCGUGCCUAUCUAUGUGCCUAUCAAGACGUUGCGCACUUCUAAGCCGUCUCAUCGUGGCAUUUAUUGUGAUGGACCACUUUGCACGUCCUCCAAGCGGUACAUCACUGGUGACCGGUACAAGUGUGUCGUCUGUCACGAUACCGACUUCUGCGCAAACUGCGAAGCUUUUCCCAGCAACGGCCAUAAUCCAUCUCAUCCUUUGAUCAAGAUUAAGCUGCCGAUCCGACAUGUGUCGAUCAGUACUCAACAAGAGAAUGAGCACGGUGAAAAGGUUGCCCAACUGGGUGACCGACCGGCUGCGAAGAACGCUGCCACCGAGACUACUCGAUCUACCUCCGCCAACGCUGCGACUCAAGUCCAGACUGUCGCGGAAGUGGACCCUGUUGAGGCCACCCCAAAGGCUGAGAUCGCUACGGCGAAUGUCGCGACUUCGGUGAAACCUGACAAUCGCGAUCUGCAGGCCUGGUACGUUACAGAUUCGACCCCAGACGGCACGAAAGUUGCUCCCAACCAUUUCGUCUCCCAAUCCUGGACCCUCCGCAACCCAGGUCCUGAUGCUUGGCCCGCCGGCUGUGCUGUCUACUACAUUGGAGGUGAUGACAUGCGUAAUCUCGAUGUCCUGCACCCAUCCAGCAUAAGUGCGAUGACCAUCGCCAAUCGCAGCAACGUCUUGGGGCAUCCUGUCGAGCCUGGUACAACGGCAGUCUUUACUGUCCUCUUGAAGUCUCCAAUUCGUGAGGGACGAGCCAUUUCUUACUGGCGUCUUAAGACUCCGGGAGGUGUUCCAUUUGGCCACAAGCUCUGGGUUGACAUCGAGGUUCGCUCGACUCCUGUCGAGCUGCCUGUCCGCUCGCAUAUCUUGCCUGCUCCUCCUGUCACCAUCGAGACGGUCAGUGAGCCAUGCCAGGACGACAACCAGUCGCAAGAUAGCUCGACCAUGAUCUUCCCUAAGCUGGAGAAGGAGUCCCCUAUCUCAAGCGUGCAUGAUGUUCGUGGAACGCAGGUCGAAGAAGCCCCGGCGGCCGUGAUGGAGCCUACUCUCAAGACAGAAGAGCACGAACUUCUCGAGGACGUUGAGAGCCUCGAGCUCGGGGAGUCUGACAGCGAUGAAGAAGGAUUCUUGACGGAUGAAGAGUACGACAUUUUGGACGCCAGUGAUGAGGACUUGGUGAUGAACGGACAAACAUACGCGGCCAAGUGA